AUGCCUGUACCCACAUCAACAACGAACAGCAGCACGGCGGCGGCAGCGCAGGGAGACGAUGGCAAGAACAUCUGGAUCGCUGCGGGCGAAGGCGAUCUGGAGCGCGUCAAGUACCUCGUCGAUGAGCGCGGCAUCUCUCCGACCGCCGCCGACGAGUUCACCUACACGCCUCUCCACGCCGCUGCGUCGUACGGCCACCUCGACAUCCUCCGGUUCCUGCUCUCGCACCCCUCGGCACCAAGCGAUGCGGCAAACACGACCGACUCGGACGGCGACACGCCCCUCUUUGUCUGCGAGACCGUCGAGGCUGCCCGCGUCCUCAUCGACGAGUUCAAGGCGGAUCCAAAGUGGAAGAACAACGAAGGCGAUACCCCGGCAUCUUCGGCGUUCGAAAACGAGCACGAGGAUUUGGCAACCUAUCUCCGUUCCCUAACCGGCGAACCCGAACCUGUAUCGCCGCUCUCCGACCAAGACGACGACGACGAGGACGACGACGACAAGGACGAUGAGCCAGCACCGCAAAGAGGGGCGAUCGAUACGACGGCCCACCUGACGCAGCGCGAGGACGACGAGGCCGACGCCAUCGCAGAGGCGCAAACCGACGCCCUCAUGGAAAAGGUCGGCGAGAUUCUGCAGCGACACGAGGACGCAGGGACCGACCCCGAAGACGAGCUGCGAGACGUUGUCGGCGAAGUCGUCGUCAGGCAGAUCAUGGAGGGCCUCCAGAUCUCGUCGCCCGGCCCAGAGCCCUCGGGGCCCUGA